AUAUUUAAUAGUACCUAUGGAUACCUUGGCGUGGAUGGACGUUGCAUUACAAAAAGCCGAGGAGUCCUUGAGAGCUGGCGAAGUCCCGGUUGGUUGUUUAUUUAUCUAUAAUAACGAAGUAAUUGCGACGGGCAAUAAUACGGUAAAUGAAACUUGUAAUGCGACUCGCCAUGCCGAGAUAAAUUGCAUCGACCAAGUCCUAAAGUUCUGUACGGAGAAACGCACGGGCUGCGAAACGGUGUUUCGUAAUCUAGAUGUAAUUGUCACGGUGGAGCCGUGCAUAAUGUGUAUGUCGGCACUGCUUCAACUACAAGUACGGAGUAUUGUAUACGGCUGUGCGAACGAUCGAUUUGGCGGUUGCGUCAGCGUUCUUGAAGUACCAAAGCUUUACGAUCCGAAAGUAGUGAUACAGGGAAAUGUUAAAGGAGAGGAAGCCAUGAGGUUGCUUCAAAGUUUUUAUAAAGGCGUCAAUCCAAACGCGCCCGAGUCAAAAAUCAAAAAAGGACGCAAGACUAAAGGAACUUUGUCAGCGGAGAGCAAAUAAUCUUUC